AUGACUAAGGAGAGAGAACUGACACAUAAUUUUAGGGGGGGUGAUGUUUUCCAAAACGAUGAAGAAGAUACAACUCAUACUUCCGAACCACCCGCUCUUGAAACAUCUAUCAAGGUAUCUUCUCCUCAAUCAUCUUUCAUUCCAGAAUCAGACAUUUUUGAAACCAUAAUGAAGGAACCAUUUCUGAAUCUCACCACUCCUCCUCCACCUCCAUUUAAUCCACCAAAAUUAUCCAUGACAACCUCACCUCCUACCGCAUCUAUUUCGAUACCAUCCAUUCCUCUACUACCAAAGAUGAGUUCUAUUGAAACAUGUAUGCCUCAAAUUUCAAUCCCACUUUCAACUCCAAUUUUCUCUGAAUCAACCAUUCCUUCUACUUCAGCUGUCACAAAUCCACCAAAGGUUCCUAUUAUCAAAUCUGUUUUGGAGGCGAUUAGGACAUCAUGUAUCCUUGGUAACCCAUAUGAUGUGGGGCCAAAUGCCAAUAUUGGUAUGUCAUUGGAACCAACUUCUUCUCAUGUUCCACCUUUACAUGAGGAUGUUGAUAUACUGUUUGGGGACGAUCAAAAACCCAUUGAUGACUUUGUCUUUGAACCUUUUACUGUCAAAAUUGAUAGUGAAGAUGACGACGCCCCCAUGACUAAAGGUCAAUUCAAGCAGCUGAGUGAAAAGCUUGACUCUAUUCUUGAGCAUUCAAGUGCUUUUUCUUCCACAAAAUGGGAGAAUUUGUUGCCGACUCAUAUGGAAAUGGUGGAAAUGCUAGCAUUAACAAAUGAUAAGGUUCUUGAAGAAACAACGAAGACUACUCAAGCUUCGAAAAAAAUUACAGAAGCUAUGGAGAAGGUCAAUAAAUCGAUACAAGAAGUCCAAGAGUUCAUAACUGACUUAAGAACUUCUUCCGAUAAAAAUGUUCCUGAUGUAAAUAAGUUAAUUGAAGGUUUUCAGACUUGUUUACAAGCUGAAAAAAAGCUCUCUCAAGCCUCUAAUUCGAAAUUCAACUUGACAAUGUUGAUCUUCAUACAUCAUUCUCCGAAAGAAUUCUCCUAUUAUAAAGAAAAGAUUUUGGUUAAAGCGCACAACUUUGAAAUAAACCAAAUAUUGAUGCGUAUCGUCGAGUCCAAAGUUGUUGGUCAGAUUCUUAGUGAGAAGCUUAAGCCGGUGUUUGAGAAGCUUAAUGAAAUCCAUAAUGUUAUGAGAAGAAAGCGUUCUCCGCAACAAAGGGGGAACAUGAGGGAAAAGCGGGAUGCUGAAGACGCCGAAGCCAAGAAUUCUGAAAUGAUUCUUGAGAACAAGAAAGCUUUAUUUCCGGCCUGGACUUUUGAGCUAAACCGAAAGCUCUUCUCGUUCUACUUGAAACAUGCGAAACCUCAAUAUGAUUCAUGGCGUCUGAAGAGAAUCGUGGGUAUGAAGACUGGUCUACCUUUUCAAACAAAAGACUUUUUGAACAUUCAAUUCAAAGGAUUUCGAGGUCACAAUCAUAUUCUUCAUGAGUUCACAUUGGUUGAAUUACCGUUUGUGAACCUCUAUGAUUGGAUUUCAUUAUUCCACAUUGUUGCAAAGGAUUUGAAGAAGUACGAACCAAACUAUGAACAUUUAAUGAAGAUGAUCAAAUGUAACAUCAUGGAGCUAGCGAAGAUGAAUGUAGAAAUUGCUUCAGUUCUGAAAAGGAAACCUAUAUUAAAGCCUUUUGAUCAACCCCAAAACAUUGCAAAUCUAAGGGGAGGAUUGAUUGACAAAGAAUACUGGAAAAUUGUUUACAAGAAGAAGGGAGGUGAAGAGAUUUAG